UUAAGCACCUUCUUGAGAGCAGGGUCUUCAUUUUAUUUAUUGAUGAGCCUGUAACACCUGGAUGCACAGUAACUCAGCGUUCAAUUUGGAAUGGAUUUUCCUCUAAAGAGGGGAGUCACCGGUAGCAAAAGCCUUGGAGCCUUUCCAUGCUAAGUGCAACCCCAGCUCUGCCAUCACCUUGCUCUAGAGACCCCUCCCCUCCCUCCUCCAGUCCCACCUUAUGGAGAGCCCAGAAGGUCGUUCAAUUCCUGUGUCUUCCCUCGGAGGGAGAGCACUGUGUCCCGGCUGGAUCUGCAGACACCCUGAGUCAUGUUUGUCCAGAAAGCGCAUAUUCCAGGAAACCGAAAGGCUUUUAAUUUUCUCCGUAGACGUGUAUCCAAGUCUGAUAUUGGAACUGAGAGAUAUAUACAGUCUCUGCCUGUGCCCUGAGCCCUUCAAACAGGGAGAGAAUGGGGGACUCUGGUCUGUUGGAAGUUGUGUGUAUCUGGCAAGUGGUCCGGCUUAUCUGCUCUCGCAAGGCGCGCGCGUCCCUUCCCGGGUAUGAGAUCCCCGCCGCGCCGCCUCCCAGGCUGUAGCGGGGAAGCGGGAAAGCCCCGGAGGUUCCCACCCGCCCAAGCCCAGCCUCUGGGGGACCCGAAUGCCCGCAGCGUUUGCACAGCUUGCAAGCCCAGGCGCUUUGCAGCCCUCCUUUCUGUCCUUCCGGCCCCUGAACUCUGCCCCGCGCGGGUGCGGGACCCAGGCCCUGCCUCCCCGCGCCUCCGCGUCGGCUCAGCCCGCUGCAAAGAGUUAAGACCCGGCUCCCGAGACGCCCCCAGCUGCUCCAAGUGCCAGGUCCCCGCUCGCCGCUGCUGAUUGGCUGAGCUCCUGUCAGUAGUAAAAAAGUAUCAGAUAGCAAACUUGGGACCUUCAUAAAGGCGUGGUGGUGAUACUCCGCAAUCGCGGGCGGCCUAUGACAUCAGCCAAGAACGCCUGGGAUGCCGCUGCUCCUGGCUAGACACAGGAGGAGGAGGUUCCUGCCGGCUAAGAGUUAAUCAGCCCCGCGCAGCGAGGGGGGAGCCGCCAGGUUUCUGGGGACACUGGUUUCGGACACUGGCGGCCACUGUACUCCUACCCAGGGGAGCUCACGAAGAGUUGGAUGAAUUCUGGUUUGUUAGCUGCGGUCAGCUGGGCUGCCGGGAGCCUGUUCCUGGUGGAAAACAGGGGGCGUCUGGCCAAGGGAGCAGCGGCUCGCUGAGACUCAACAUGACCCUCCUGGGGGCUGAGCAUUCUUUGCUGAUUAGGAGCAAGUUCAGAUCAGUUUUGCAGUUACGACUUCAACAGAGAAGGACCCAGGAACAACUGGCUAACCGAGGCAUAAUACCGCCCCUGAAAAGUCCAACUGUAUUCCAUGUGCAAAGAAAACACUCGGAUGGUGACAAGACUGAAGACACCCUGAAGCGAAAGGUCAGAAACAGGCCCGAGAUUGCAGACCUGGUUAAUAUGCACAUACUACAGGCCUCCACUGCAGAGAGGUCCAUUCCAACUGCUCAGAUGAAGCUGAAAAGAGCCCGACUCGCAGAUGAUCUCAAUGAAAAAAUUGCUCUCCGGCCAGGGCCGCUCGAGCUGGUGGAGAAGAACAUACUCCCUGUUGAUUCUGCUGUGAAAGAGGCCAUAAAAGGUAACCAGGUGAGUUUCUCCAAAUCAGCAGACGCAUUUGCCUUUGAAGAGGACAGCAGCAGCGAUGGGCUUUCUCCAGAUCAGACCCGAAGCGAGGACCCCCAGGGCUCAGUGAGAUCCCCCCCAGACGCUAAAGCUAAAGUGACCCCUUUGGCAGGCCCUCUUGGGACAAUCCAGGAUCUUACUUCUGGCUCGGAAAAUGACAGGAAUGACUCGGCCUCACAGCCCGGAAACCAGCCAGAUACAGGGAAGCAGGGGCUUGGCCCCCUUGGCACCCCCAAUCCUGCACAUGCUGCUGUAAAGUCCAAGUCCUUGAGUGACAACAAGAACCGCCACAAAAAACCCAAGGACCCCAAGCCAAAGGUGAAGAAGCUCAAAUAUCACCAGUACAUCCCCCCUGACCAGAAGGCAGAGAAGUCCCCUCCGCCCAUGGACUCGGCCUACGCCCGGCUGCUCCAGCAGCAGCAGCUGUUCCUGCAGCUCCAGAUCCUCAGCCAGCAGCAGCAGCAGCAGCAGCAGCACCGGUUCGGCUACCCCGGGAUUCACCAAGCUCCACUCAAGGAACCAAACGAACAGAUGGUCAGAAAUCCAAACUCUUCUUCAACACCACUGAGCAAUACCCCCUUGUCUCCUGUCAAAAACAGUUUUUCUGGACAAACUGGUGUCUCUUCUCUCAAACCAGGCCCACUCCCAUCAAACCUAGAUGAUCUGAAGGUUUCUGAGUUAAGACAACAGCUUCGAAUACGGGGCUUGCCGGUGUCAGGCACCAAGACCGCCCUCAUGGACAGGCUUCGGCCCUUCCAGGACAGUUCCGGGAACCCUGUGCCCAACUUCGGUGAGAUAACGACGGUCACUUUUCCUGUUACGCCCACCAACGCGCUGCCCAAUUACCAGUCCUCCCCUUCCACCAGUGCCUUAUCCAACGGCUUCUACCACUUCGGUAGCACCAGCUCCAGCCCCCCCAUCUCACCUGCCUCGUCUGACCUGUCGAUGGCCGGGUCCCUGCCUGACACUUUCAACGACACGUCCCCAUCCUUCGGCCUGCACCCGUCCCCGGUUCACGUCUGCCCCGAGGAGAGCCUCAUGAGCAGUCUGAACGGGGGCUCCAUUCCUUCCGAGCUGGACGGGCUGGACUCCGAGAAGGACAAGAUGCUGGUGGAGAAGCAGAAGGUGAUCAAUGAGCUCACCUGGAAACUCCAGCAAGAACAGAGGCACGUGGAGGAGCUGAGGAUGCAGCUGCAGAAGCAGAAAAGGAACAACUGUGCCGAGAAGAAGCCACUGCCUUUCCUGGGCACCCCCAUCAAGAAGGAAGAUGCCAUCUCCAGCUGUCCUUAUGCAUCCCAACAAAUAGCUGUGAAAAGACAAAGCAACAACUCAGACGGCCAACCACAGGCUUGCGAUGCUGCUCAACUCCUGCCCCUUGGGAGUACUCACUGCGCGGAGACCUCAGGUCAGACCAACGUACUUUCUUCCACAUUUCUCAGCCCUCAAUGCUCCCCUCAGCAUUCGCCACUUGGGGCUGUGAAAAGCCCACAGCAUAUCAGUUUGCCCCCAUCACCAAACAAUCAUUACUUCCUACCUUCAUCUUCAGGCGCUCAAGGAGAAGGGCACAGGGUCUCCUCACCUGUCAGCAGCCAGGUGUGUACUGCACAGAACUCAGGGCCACACGAGGGCCAUCCUCCAAGCUUCUCUCCCCAGACUUCCAGCCUCCACCCCGCUUUCUCUGGAGCCCAGGCAGACAGCAGUCAUGGUGCUGGGGGCAACCCUUGUCCUAAAAGCCCAGGUGUACAGCAAAAGAUGCCUGGUUUACACUCUUCUGAUAAGGCAGGGCCAAAGUUUUCAAUUCCGUCCCCCACUUUUUCUAAGUCAACUUCAGCAGUUCCAGAGAUAACACAGCCUCCAUCAUAUGAAGAUGCGGUAAAGCAGCAAAUGACUCGGAGUCAACAGAUGGACGAACUUCUGGAUGUCCUCAUUGAAAGCGGAGAAAUGCCCGCUGACGCCAGGGAGGAUCAUUCAUGCCUUCAAAAAGUCCCAAAGAUGCCCAGGUCUUCCCGCAGCCCUACUGCUGCCCUCCCCAAGCCCUCAGCUUCCUUUGAACAAGCAUCUUCAGGAGGCCAGCUCUCCUUCAACCACUACGGCACAGACAGCGAUGAGCACCUUGAAGUCUUAUUAAAUUCUCAGAGCCCCUUAGGAAAGGUGAGCGAUGUUGCCCUUCUAAAAAUUGGGAACGAGGAGCCUUCUUUCGAUGGGAUAAUGGAUGGGUUCUCUGGGAAGGCUGCAGAAGACCUCUUCAAUGCGCAUGAGAUCUUGCCAGGUCCUCUCUCCCCGAUGCACACUCAGUUUUCACCUUCUUCUGUGGACAGCAAUGGGCUGCAGUUAAGCUUCACUGAAUCUCCCUGGGAAACCAUGGAGUGGCUGGACCUCACUCCACCAAGCUCCACACCAAGCUUUAGCUCCCUUACCACCAGCGGCCCCAGCAUCUUCAACAUUGAUUUCCUCGAUGUCACGGAUCUCAAUUUGAAUUCCCCCAUGGACCUUCACUUACAGCAGUGGUAGAAUGCAAAAAUGCUAAGGAAGACCAAUAGGAGUUCCGUGGGGGAAAGCACACAGCCAUAAAUACAUGUGUUACCCAAAAGAAAGAGGAGGAGGAGGAGGAAGAGAUUAAAAAGAAGCAAUGGAGACUCCGAUGACAAUCAUCAAGAUCAAAUAGGAGUCUUGUUUUAUACAUAUAAAAUGUAAUAUUUACCAACAUUCAAUGACUGUUACUGACUUCAGCAAUGCAUUUAAAAAUGUGCUUUCUCAGAUCAAGAAUGCCAAAAAAAAAAUUAUUUCACUGCCUUUUCAAACACCAGUAUUUUUUCUAGCCCAUACAUUUUUUAGGUAUUGUUGGGGUAUAAACUCAUCUGUAAGUUUUUCUCAUGAAUUUAUUUGGUAUACUGUGGAAAGAAAAUGUAAACCCUUUGGGGAGUACAGGGAAGCCAGUCUAUCACAGGUUAUGGGGGGCAUACCUGUGAUAGAGGUGAUUCUCAUCUCUCCACUACCUGUCUUUUAAACUACAAGUCAGGCCCAGUUUCAGUUAGGGAGUUCUUGAGGCAGAAUAGAGGGACAGAACCAAUCUACUCCCAGGGAAGCAAAAUCAACUCAGCGUCCCUCGGCCACAAAGCUGCCCCAUUGGUGUGGUUUUCACUCCUGGACCCAUGACUCUGUGGUCACUGAUAAAAACUGACCUGCAUUUGGUCCAGAGAACCCCACCCAGAACCUCCCUGUUUCUCAACCAUUAGCCAAACCACUCCCACUGUCUCUGGUGACAAGCAUUGUGAAACAGGUGAGAACCUCCUGAGAUGGAAGGUUCUCCAACACAACCCCCUUUAGUUCCAGAGACGAGUGAUGACCACUUAAGCAGAUCAGAAGAAUCUCUCUAGCUUCGGGAAGUUAUAUCAGGGAUAAUUCAGACAGAGCUAGAGAACAUUGUUUCACAUAUCAUAGGGAUAAAUACCAUAGGUUACUAUAACAGGACUAUUUGUGGAGAUCCAACUUCUUUUUUAGGGUAUGUGUUGUGGGGGUCCACCUCAGUUUAUCUUUCUGCCACUCUUCUUUCAAGGUACCAAUCCUUUCUUGCUCCUGUUUUGAAGAUCUUUCUUUUUCUGUCCCAACAUUGGGAGAAGAUUUCUCAGCUCUAACAAGCUGACAUACUCCUAAUAAAGCCAUAUUUUAAAAAACUAAAAAUCCAGGUUCUCCUGGAGAACUCAUUCUUCAUAUGAAUAAUUUGCUACAAAAGCAAGUGAAAGAAUGUCCUUAGGAAGGAACUGGUGACUUGGCCCAUCAGUCCCAAAGUUCAUUCUUAUCCUUAUUUGAUUUACAGCAAUCAUUGAUUUGAGUUGGUCUGGGGAAAUUGGAAAUCAUUAUAUUGUAAAGAUGAAUAUGAAAUAUAUUUACAAGGAGAGAGUAUUUUAGGUAUGGGUUUCUGAAAAAAUAUAUAAUUACAUUGAAAAUGAUGGAAGGAAAAAAGACAAUUGUCUCAUGUGCAUUCCUCAUUACCUCUAACGCUUUCGCUGAGAGUUGAAAAACUCAAAUGUCAGGACAGUCUCUCUAAAGCUCAUUGUGGCUCUAACUCACUGUUUUUAUAGUGUUGCAUGCUGUAGAAAGUAGCUAUUGCUGUUGUGUGUUUUUUUAAUUUAAAUCACUGAGACACUGUUUUCUUCUUUUGUAAAAAAUUGUUGUUCACUGUGCACUUAUGGAGAAAAUAAUCAAAAAUGUUGUGAUUUUAGAAGUUCUCUUUUUGAUAAACCAAAGAUUUAGAAGUCAUUCCAUUGUUAACUUGUAAACUUGUGUGAACAGUGUUUUUGGUGACUGCUACUCUGAAAGCUGCCAGAUCUUAUAGGAAAUGGGGGAUAUAUAUAUUAUGCAUAUGUGUAUAGAUAUAUACACAUGUAUAUGUAUGCAUGUAUGUAUAUACACAUAUACACAUGCAUAUGUAUAUAUACAUACACGAGUGUAUAUGUGUGUGUAUCUUGAAAAGCAGUGUUACAGAGUUCUAGACCAAAAACCUUUAAGCCUCAAUCUGCUGUGAAAUGAUACUUGGCCUUUCUCACUAUGAGUUUCUGAUUAAUCAACCAGACUACACAUUGCCUCUCUGUGUAUGACUAAUGGCUCCAGCCUGAUGACUCACAGCCACUUGCUUCCCAUGAACAAGCUCAUCUUGACAAUGAAUAUGGAUGUGAAAAGACAGAACAGCUUCACCAUUAGUAGCUGGAAAUGGUAAUACAGUCUCUCAUGGAAGAGCAUAAAGGAACAUAAAGCUCGUUUUACAUUCCUUGAUCUGCAUUGUGCUUUAAAAGAUCCACAUGGUAAAUUUUUCAUUUUGCUUUUAUGUCAGUCAACAGAACCAAACAUCGACAGGCAAAAUUACCAGUCUUUUCUUUGAAAAUGAAGCUAUGGGAAAGAAACCCUUUUAACACAUUCCUCACAUUUGUUUAUUCCUCAAAUGUUGAAGUUCUGUUUGGGUCUUGACAAAGCUUGCUGGUCAGUACAUUUUUCAUGUGUCAUGUUGUGCGAUUUGUAUGUUAUCCGCCCCCAUCCCACCCCGCCACACACUCACACCUUAUUUCCUUUGGAAAACAAACUCAUAGGGUCCCUACUCUGAGACUCUGAUCUGAGGGUUAAUUAUUUUUUCCUUUGGAUAUUUCCAUCUGAAGGACUAGACUUGGUUAGGAGGCCUCUGUGCUUGUAAGUUCCUGCAUUUUCAUUGGGAUCUUUUUAGAAAUUACCUGGUCCUGAUGUACAUGCUUCACAGUUGACCAAAGAUGGGUCCUAUUUGCUACUGUAAACCAACACGAUUAACACAGAUCAGACCCCUAGAUUACUGGUCUCAGCCUCCUCCUACAGCAUAUUCGUUCUGUCUCUUUAUAGCUCAGAUGUGAGAUUUGCGGGAGAAAACUGGGGAUAAUUGGGAGAAAACUGAUGAAGUUGGCUUUUCCCGGUGGAUCAGAUAAUCCAUGUUAAUUCAUCUGUCUCCUAUUGGGGAUUUUUAUUUUAAUUUCUUUUAAACUCUUAGUUAUAUCCUCUAUUCUGGCAACAAAUUUGGCCUAAAACAUGUACAGAGACUUAUAAAGAUGGCCACAUUCAUGUUUCUUAAUGCUCUUCAAGCCCAAAAAUACCACAUGUGGUUUACUUAAUGCUCCUGGAACCCCUAUGGUGAUGCAGAUCUGCAGACAUUUGCAGCCAUUUUGAAUGCUGCUGCAGUCCCCUAGGUUCAUACUUACCCAACUGAGUCAGAAAAUUCACUUAUGCAAAGGCUUUCAUUAAGUGAGUGUUCAUUAGUAGUAGUCCUACUUCUAACAGUGUUAUUGAUACGACACACAUUCUGUUAUAAGGGAGAGAGAGGGAGGGGAAAGAAAAGAAGGAAGGAAGGAAGGAAGGAAGGAANAGGAAGGAAGGAAGGAAGGA